CGAAUUAUUAUGGCGGGUUCGUGUUUUUUCGAUCUCAAAUACGAAAUGAGCAGAUAUGUGCGCCGCUGGGGCGGCGACAUUGACAGCGUAUUGUCGUAUAUUCUCGUUCGCCAUUUUGUGAAUGUAAUGGAAUUUUGUGUAAAAUAAUUGAGGUAUAAUCAACCUGGAGAAUAUUACGUUUGCCUUGCAAUGUCUGAAAAGUCUUUAGUGGGAAAAACGGCGUUAAAGCGUCAUGAAGUUGCAAGACCUAUACACAUUCAAAGACUAGAGGCAGCUCUAGACAUAAGACCCUUCGUAAAUCAAGUGGAAGGGAUACUGAAUUCUGAUGGGGACUCUGACAGUGAAGAAGAUUCAGAUGGCAAGUCUAUGGCAAAUGAAAUGUCCAAAGGUGAUAAGGACAUGCAUGGUGUUGUAACUACAAGACAAGAGAGGCAAAGCGAUCAAUUAAGACUAUAUAAUUUGUCAUCUGUGGGCGAGGAGAGGCAAUGGUUAAGAGAUGUCCUGCUGUCAUCGGAAUCGGAAUCAAGUAGUGAAGAUGAUACACCAGCUGCUAAGGAAAGAAGGAUAAAACUGUUACUUAAAGAGAGAUAUUUUCAUAAUAAAUAUGCAAAGAGUUACUAUAAGGAUUCGGGGAACUCCCGCUACAUGUACUAUGGUGCGGGGUUAUUAUCUACUAUCGACCGUUAUCCUGAGCGGAGGAUCAGUAGGCCUUUGCCCCCCGCACGAGGGCGCCGUGGCCGACCGGCCGAGCGGGGCUCCUCUAGGGGCCUCCAACGAAACAGGCGCGGCCGCGCCAAAGAGGGCCGUACUGACGGUAGCGAUGCUCCAGAUGGCGUUGAUUGGGAGGAACAACUUCGUAAUCUCAAAGAGGAAAAUGAUACAGAUGAAUUUACCAUAUCAGAGAAACCUGGACCCAGAGGUCGCAAAAAGUUAUCAUCCUUGAAAAGCCCAGAAGCCUUAACGGCUAGACGGAGGCGACACUGGCAGCUUUUAGUUAAAAAGGAGCUCGGGAAAGUUCAGAGAUCAAGGACCGCGACACACAGGGAACUCAUGCUGCAAAGGAAAAGACUGGCUACACUGUGCUGCAAGCAUUGGAGGCAUGUUGCAAUGCAAUCCCAGAAGAAUAUGAAGGAGACGGUAUGGCGGUGUAAGCGUCUAAGUCGGGAGAUGCAGGCUUACUGGAGGAGGUAUGACCGAGCUGAGAGAGAGACCAGGAGGAGGCUGGAGAGAGAGGCGGAGGAACAGAGAAAGAUGGAUGUGGAGCUGAUGGAAGCGAAACGACAACGUCGCAAACUUAACUUCCUGAUCACACAGACAGAACUGUACGCUCACUUCAUGCAGCGGAAGUUGAACGCGACGGAAGACGUGGAUGACGACACCGACCGGAUAUUGAUGCAGUUGGACGAGGACAGAGAUCCGAGGCUCUCGGCCAUAGAUAAUUAUGAUAGUGAGGCCAUGAAAGAGUUGGCGUCGCGGAACGCUCGCGAGGCGUUUCAAGCAGAGAGGGCUCGAACCUCCGCCCCGGAGGGAACAGACGAGAAAGAGAGACGGAGGGAUCACGAUCAACCAGAAAUAUUCAGGGGCACGUUGAAAGGAUACCAGCUGAAAGGAAUGAACUGGCUUGCUAACUUAUAUGACCAGGGUAUAAGUGGUAUAUUAGCGGAUGAAAUGGGUCUCGGUAAAACUGUCCAAUGCAUAGCGUUUCUAUGUCACGUGGCUGAGAGGCUAGGCGUGUGGGGGCCGUUCCUCGUCGUGUCGCCCGCAUCAACAUUACACAACUGGCAACAGGAGAUGCAGAGAUUCGUUCCGGAUUUCAAAGUUGUUCCAUACUGGGGCAGUCCGAGUGAGAGAAAGAUCUUACGUCAGUUCUGGGAACGUAAAGACCUGCACACACCGCAGGCUGCUUUCCACGUGGUGGUGACGUCAUACCAGAUCGUUGUAUCGGAUUUGAAGUAUCUGAACAGAGUGUCCUGGCAGUACAUGAUAUUGGAUGAGGCUCAGGCCAUCAAGAGCUCAGCCAGCAUGAGGUGGAAGCUGCUGCUAGGUUUCAGUUGCAGGAAUAGGUUAUUGCUAUCGGGUACACCAAUACAGAACAGUAUGGCGGAACUUUGGGCGUUACUACAUUUUAUAAUGCCUACGUUGUUCGACUCGCACGAUGAGUUCAACGAGUGGUUUUCAAAGGACAUUGAGAGUCAUGCAGAGAAUAAAACUACCAUAGAUGAAAAACAUCUAUCACGACUGCACAUGAUUUUAAAACCAUUUAUGUUGCGUCGGAUAAAGAAGGACGUUGAGAAUGAAUUGUCUGAUAAAAUUGAGAUUAUGGUACACUGCCCUCUGACUAUAAGACAGAAAUUAUUGUAUAUAGCUCUAAAGAAAAAAAUUAAAAUAGAAGAAUUAUUACAUUACUCUGUCGGAGGAGAGUCGGGUCAUAGUGUAGAUAAGAAUUUCACCUCGAAUCUUAUGAAUUUGGUUAUGCAAUUUAGAAAGGUAUGCAAUCAUCCGGAACUUUUUGAGAGAAGGGAUGUCAGGUCGCCUUUUGCCAUGCAAGUCGACGAUUAUCAUUUACCAAAGUUAUUAGCUGAAGAAUGUAUCCUAGUGAGGUCCAUACCGUCCAAGCGACAUCUGCUAUACAACAAGUUGAGUGUCCUCAGCCCCGAGUACGUUCAUCACAACACAGAGAGCUUCAGCUUCAUGAGGUUCAUGGAUUUAUCUCCCAUGGACAUGUAUAGGAUUAUGCUGUGUGGAUGGCUGUAUACGAUGUUACAUAUAGAAGAAUGUUUAGAUAAAUACGAAAAGCUUCGCCACAGACAGUUCUGGUGGAGGCGGAUAGAAGAGGCUGGUGUUAAAGAAGAACAGUGCACAGAAGAUUUCGGCGACUAUUUUGACAGAGUUCAUUUAAAACACUUAUUACUAAUCAGUCCGAAUGGAGAUACACUCAAGAGAAGGAAAGAGGACUCUUUGUUAUGGAGGGAAUUUCUAUUCACUGAUCCUCUAUGGGGAGAAGGAGGUCCGUUUUACAUUCACACCGAGCAAACCAUACAUUACAUGCCUGAAACUGUCGAACACCGAGGGCUACGGACGAGGAAUAUGAAGUGUGAGGCGCAGCCGGAAAUGCUGAGCGAGAUCAAGACGGAGGAAGGCGGUGUGGUCCCUGUGGAGCCCCGCGCGGCGGAGGCGGUGGAGUUCCCUCACACGGAGCGUGCGCCCCGCGUUAUGGAGCACCUUCAGACCCACAUUCCGGCCUUCCUGUGUACCGCACAGCAGAAGGCGAGUGCGCAUUGUCGCGAAGCGUUCGCCAGCAGUCGUAGCUGGGCGCACUCCCAAGAGAGACAUCGGAGAGGAGAAAAUGACGAGGGAGCGGCGCUACUACGACGACUGGUGGACGCCGCCCGCCCACCGCGGGGAUGGGCGGAGCUACAAGUACCUGAUAAAAACCAGUUAGUUAGCGACGCGGGUAAACUGACAGUACUAGACUCGUUAUUGAAAAGACUGAAGGAGAGCGGACAUCGAGUCCUUAUAUACAGUCAGAUGACGAAAAUGAUUGACUUGCUAGAGGAAUAUAUGUGGCACAGGAAACACAAAUACAUGAGGUUGGACGGGUCUAGCAAAAUAUCUGCAAGACGCGACAUGGUCGCUGAUUUUCAGGCUCGCGCAGAUAUAUUCGUGUUCCUGCUCUCGACUCGCGCCGGCGGUCUCGGUAUAAAUCUAACAGCUGCCGAUACUGUCAUAUUCUACGAUUCUGAUUGGAAUCCAACGGUGGACCAACAAGCUAUGGACCGGGCUCACAGACUGGGUCAGACUAAACAGGUCACUGUAUACAGACUUAUAUGUAAAGGGACUAUCGAAGAGAGAAUCAUGCAACGAGCUAGGGAGAAGAGUGAGAUUCAAAGGAUGGUGAUCAGCGGUGGUAACUUCAAACCGGACACGUUGAAGCCGAAGGAAGUCGUGUCGCUUCUAUUGGACGAUGAGGAGAUUGAAUUGAAAUAUCGUCAGAAAUCCGAGGAAAAGAAAAACGAAGAAAAGGAACGCAAAAGGAAGAUGGGAGUGUUGCCAGUGCCAUCAUCCGUGGAGUCGAAGCGUCCUCGUGAGUCGUGUUCGGAGCCCGGAAGUCCGUUACAGGUCGACGAUGACAGCGACACCCUCGUUAUGGAUGACGCACAUCCGCUACCGUAUUCCCCUCCGGUCCGGGGUAGUUGGUCGUCUCGUUGCCGGCGCGCGGGUUCCCGGCGCGGGCGACCGCGUGGCUCCCGGCACGUGCCCCGGGACAGAAGACCGGACCCUCCCGCUGAUAACGCUCAAGCCGUCGCCGCUGGCGCUGCACUGCUGGAAUCCGACGCUCCUUUAGAAGCCUUGGAGCCCCCAUCAUGUGAUCGGGGUCGCCGCGGCCCGGGCCGGCCUCGCCUAAGGACCUGUAGGCCUCCCAGACCAGUAACCAGGAGACGCAGGGCCCGCGAGCCGCUCCUAGUACCAUUAGCACCUCCACCGUGAUAACACGCUUUACAGGGGUCUGGUUGAAACUUAUAAGCAGUCAAUAGAAGAAGUGGAAAAUAUUACCCGAACAGAAGAAAAUACUGACUCUGAUUAAUAUAAUAUAGUGUGGAUUAAUGUAAGACAUUGUCUGUUGGCGAGAUCUGAACUUACAAAUGAAAUAUAUUUUCUAGACACAUUCUGAAAAUAUAAAUAUUUUAGGAGAAGAAUUUUUAUAAUAAUAUGUACAAAAUAUGUUUUUUUUUUUAUUCCAUAGUAUUAUUGUACGAAGUUUGUACAGAAAAUGUAUAAAAAUUAUUAGUGUAAAUAUGCAUACAUACAUACAUGAAAUAUUUAAAUGAUAACAUUUUUAAUUUAAAUUAUAUGUUUUAACGAGGAAUAUUCGGCUUAAAGUAUUUUAUAUAGAGAAUUGGACAUUGGAUCAAAUUUUGUGAAUUCGUAUUUGUUAAGAUGUAAACAAUAAAUAAAAUGAUAUUUUGUA